UGCCAGGGUACAUGAUAAUCAGGCAAGGAUUGUGUUGAGGAUAAGACAGUGUAUAAUCAACCUGGCUGCAGAGCUGUAAUGAUCACACUGAAUGCUGGAUGGAUUGGGAAAGAGAAUGUAGAAUGAAAGUUUCCAAUUCUGCAUGUCAGCACAUGUUGGAGCUAAAGUGGAAACUCAAAACAGUGGAAUUGUGUCUGUUUGAUUAAUGGGGAACAGUAUGUAUUUCGUGCACACACACACUGAGCAGAACAGACAGGAGGAUUACAAAUAAAAACAGCAAUGUCUCGGAUUUCAAUCAUUUUUCAAGGCAGUUCUUGUCAGAAUGCAGUCUUACCUGCCCUGGUGCAACCACCUUUUCCUCCUGUGCAGCCAACCCUAAAACCUUUUCUUCCAUUCCCAUUGGAUACUGCGGUCAACCUCUUCCCCAACUUUAAUGCGAGCUUGGUUGGAAUUUCUUCCAGGACAGAUCAGUUUCAACCCUUCAGCAGCUGGAAGGCUGGGAUUUCGGGCAGUCAGUUAUGUGUGACUAUGGACCCAGUUCAGAAGGCAGUACUAAAUCACACAUUUGGAGUCCCUCUUCCUCUAAAAAGAAAACACAUCAUUCCAUGCAACAUCUGUCAGUUAAGAUUUAAUUCAGAGAGCCAGGCAUCGGCCCACUACAAAGGCACUAAACAUGCCAAGAAGCUCAAAGCACAUGAAGCCCCGAAAAAAAAGCAGAAAGCCGCUGCUACCAAGGACAGCGCAAAGACUACCGUCACCAUCAUCACUACCAAUACCAUCAAUACCAGCACUGACAGAACAGACAGCACAACGGGAAUACCAUUAUUACCAUUAUCAACAGCAACUGCAGCAGAACCAGCAGCAGCACUGACAAAUUGUAGUGUGCAGACAAGUACAGAGACAACCUUGGGGGCCAACAAGAAAGAGGUGGCAUCAACUGGCAGCAACUCCUGCCUUCCAAUGGAGACAGAGGAGGAAAAAGCCAAAAGACUGCUCUAUUGCUCUCUGUGUAAGGUAGCUGUCAACUCUUCCUCACAGCUGGAAGCACACAAUAGCGGUACAAAGCAUAUAACUAUGUUAGAAGCCAGAAGUGGCAGUGGAACAAUUAAAGCUUUCCCAAGGCCUGCCAUAAAAGGCAAAGUUGCUUCCACGACUAAGGCAAUUACUGGUCUACAGAAUAAAACAUUUCACUGUGAAGUCUGUAAUGUUCACGUCAACUCAGAAACACAGCUGAAACAGCACAUAAGCAGUAGACGACAUAAAGACCGUGCUGCUGGAAAACCACCAAAACCCAAAUACAGCCCAUAUAACAAAGCCCAAAGAGGAAAAACUGCACCUGCGGUAAAACUCACAUUAAGAAAAGAACCUGAAAAGACACUGACCCCCAGAAUUUUAUCGAAUCGCAUUGCAACCGCAGCGAUGACAGCAGCAGCAGCAGCAGGUGUUGGUUCCCCCUUCGCAUUGCGCUCAACCCCAGCAGGUGCUCUCUUCCAAGCUCAAGCCCUUUCUCCAGCAUUAUUACGACCUGCACCAGGACCCAUACGAACACCUCACACACCUGUGCUGUUUGCUCCAUACUGAUCGGAGUCUGGACCAGUAGACUGUUAUAGUAUAAAGUACUGCAAUAACUUAAAGAGAAAACAGGGAACUAUGCAGUGAUAUUUCCAUAGGAGAGACUGGACUACUUUUGUAAAGAAUUUUAAGACACUGAGUGACUGUAGUAAUGAUUCUCAUAAAGCAUUCCUAAUUAAAAUUGUAGAGAAACUCUCCCUAGUGCAUAGUUUUAGUAAGGUUAGAAUACAUUUGUGAAUGUGCUGUUUGCACAACCCCCACCCACCCCAUUACAAGUAGUCCAUGCUUUAGACGCAGCCGUAUAUGUGUCCCAUGACAUUAGCAAUGCAUUCUAUGUAUGUAAAACACUGUGACGAUUACCCUCAUUCUCCCUAAUGCUAAGUAAACCGUGCUUGACAACAAUGAGGAGAACAACAUCAACAAUGUUAAGCAUUAGUGUGGUGCUUGUCUGUGCCAUUAGUUUAUGUGUUAAAAAUGCAAACUUUGAAAUAAAAAAUACUUACUUUGUU